GCAGCUUAGGGGAUUGUCUUUUUCUGGCACCUGCUCUGUGACCCUGGGCCAGGAUUUGGCCAGAGCUGUGUCAGCUGGGUUCCCGGGCUCCCUGCACGGCCGCUAGUCACCCUUGCACCUGCUGGGGCGCCUGCUGUCUAGGGAGGGCAGGGGGCACGGGCCUGGGGUGGGGGGUCCGGCCCCUCGCAGCAGGCGGCCAGCACCGGGAUGGAUUUCGGUUCCCUGGAGACGGUGGUGGCCAACUCGGCCUUCAUCGCCGCCCGCGGCAGCUUCGACGGGACCGGCGGCCCGUCCUCUCGGGACAGGAAGUACCUGGCCAAGCUCAAGCUGCCCCCACUGUCCAAGUGCGAGGGCCUCCGGGAGAGCCUGGACCUGGCUUUCCCGAGCUUGUGCUCAGAGCAGCCCAUCGGCAAGCGGCUCUUCCAGCAGUUCCUGGGGGCCGACGAGAGGCACGUUCCGGCUCUGGAGCUCUGGAAGGACAUCGAGGACUACGACACGGCCGACGACGACCUCCGGCCUCAGAAGGCCCGGGCCAUCCUGGCCGAGUACCUGGACCCCCAGGCCAAGCUCUUCUGCAGCUUCCUGGACGAGGGCGUGGUGGCGAAGGCCCGGGAGGGGCCCGUGGCGGGCGGGGACGCGCCCUUCCAGACGCUGCUGCGGGCCACCCUGGCGUACCUGAGCCAGACGCCCUUCCAGGAGUACCUGGACAGCCUCCACUUCCAGAGGUUCCUGCAGUGGAAGUGGCUAGAGGCCCAGCCCAUGGGCGAGGACUGGUUCCUGGACUUCAGGGUCCUGGGGAAAGGGGGCUUCGGGGAGGUGUCCGCCUGCCAGAUGAAGGCCACGGGCAAGCUGUACGCCUGUAAGAAGCUCAACAAGAAGAGGCUCAAGAAAAGGAAGGGCUACCAGGGUGCUAUGGUCGAGAAGACGAUUCUAGCAAAGGUUCACAGCAGGUUUAUAGUCUCUCUGGCCUAUGCGUUUGAAACCAAAACUGACCUCUGUCUGGUGAUGACUCUCAUGAACGGAGGUGACAUAAGGUACCACAUCUACAACGUGAACGAGGAGAACCCCGGCUUCCAGGAGCCACGCGCGGUCUUCUACACGGCCCAGAUCGUCAGCGGCCUGGAGCAUCUACACCAGAGAGGCAUCGUGUACCGAGACCUCAAGCCGGAGAACGUGCUUCUGGACGACGACGGCAAUAUCCGCAUUUCUGACCUUGGGCUGGCUGUGGAGCUGAAGGACGGGCAGACCAAGACCAAGGGCUACGCAGGCACCCCAGGUGAGCCCCUGAGAGGGUCGGGGGCAGCCUCUUCUGCGGGGGGCCGGGAGCGAGUGCACCCUCGCAGCAGACCGUGGAAUCACUGGGUGGGGCCGGUGGGUGUGCCCGGACCCCGCUGCAGGGGUCCCCCACCUGUUGGUUCCGGAGGCCACGCGCUCCGUGAGGGGGCUUCUGCCUCCAGUGGCCUCCUGGACAUCGGCAGAGUGCAUAUGUCCAACAUGCCUGGCCCCGUGGGUUGGAUCACCUGCUGUGCCCCCCAAUGCGCGCAGACCGGGAGAGCCACGAUGGGUGGCCAGCACCCACUGCCGUGUGGCCGGGGUUGGCUCUGCAGGGGAGGGGGCUGCCCACGUCCAGGAUGUGUGCGUGUACGUGUGUGUGUGCACAGGUGUGUCUGUCUGUGUGUGUACUGUGUGCUCCUACACAACACAUUCUGCCCUGGGGGGAGGGAAGCAGGGCCUGCAGACAACAGAGGGGGCCCCCCAGUGUUGGGGCAGGCGGAGCGGGCAGCCCAGACUGCUGGGGAGCUGGGCACCGCCUCCCGCCGGCGGGCACCUGGGGGUCUGUCCCCUGUGCCCCGUGUUCCGGGAGGCGGGGCUCCCAGCCAGCCCGUCCCUGGGUUGACCUGGCUUUGAGGAGGGACUGUUGUCACUAGGAUUUGGGGCUACUUGGACCUUGUUUUGUGUCCCCAGAUUCUCCUGUCCUGGGCUCUGAGCCCUUAUGGUUUGUCCCUGCUGCCGGGGCAGCUCUGUCCCCCCCACCCCCCGGUGGCCUCAGUUAGGGAGGGCCCCUCCGAAGUCGACUUUUCCAGAAUCUGUGGCGCUCCAGCGCUGAGUGGACCAUGGCAGUGGGCUCCUGCCGUGUUUUAGGGGAUUCAGAUCAUGAGAAAGCGUAGAGAGCGCGGCUCAACAGGCCGGACUCUGGUCGCCGACGGCGGGUGUGAGGGCCCUGCCGGCCGCCAGAGGGCGUCCCAGGCUUCGCUGCUGCCCGGCCUUCCUCUGAGCAGGGGGCGCAGGGGACCCGGCUCACACGUGCUCCGUCACUC